AUGGUACUUAUUAUUGAUAUUAGGAUUGGGUUGCAUGUCGCAACGGUACUUGUAAUUGAUAUUGGGAUCAGGCUGCAUGUCGCAACGGAGUUGGAGGGGAGGUUAAUGGUUAUGGGAGCUUGGAGGAGUAGCGGGGACGUUAGCGAGAUGUGGACAUCUACAACAUACUGUAUAAGAAAGGCGGAGAGAGAGGUGCUAGGGGUCUUAAAGGGUUACUAUGACGGGCACCGAGACGACUGGUGGUGGAAUGAUAUGGUCCAAGGUAAAGUGGAAACAAAGAAAGCGACGUAUCUUAGUUUAGUAAAGAGCACAGACGAGGAAGAGAGGAGAGUGAACAGAGGAAGAUAUAAGGAAGCCAGGAAGGAGGCGAAGUUAGCGGUCACAGAGGCUAAGGAUGCAGCGUUUGGUCGUCUGUACAAGGAGUUAGGGGUCAAAGGAGGGGAGAAAAAGCUAUUUCGGCUGGCCAAGGCUAGAGAGAGGAAGGCUCGUAGCCUGGACCAAGUGAGGUACAUCAAUGACAAGGAAGGCAGAGUAUUGACGAAAGAUGCCCAGAUUAAGCGGAGAUGGCAGGAUUACUUCCAUCGUGUUAUGAAUGAAGAAGAGGACAUAGACAUUGUGCUAGGGGAAUUGGCUCACUCUAGAAGUCACCAAGACUUUAGGUAUUGUAGGCGUAUUAAGGCUGAGGAGGUCGCGGGAGCUAUGCGCAAGAUGAUAAGGGGCCGAGCGACCGGGCCCGACGAAACUCCGGUGGAGUUGUAG